GCCGGUACGUACGUGUGCAGUCUACACGCAGUCAAAAUAUUGUGCAUGUACUCUACGUGUUGCCCCGUACGCGCUCUCCAGCUGAUCAAGACGAAAAUGGAGAGGAGUUCAUUUGUUUGGGUAUUUCUGUUAUUGUUUUCCCAGGCUUCGCCGUCAUCAGCUUACAUCGAAGGACUGUACUGCGGCAGGGAGAACUGUUACGACAUACUGGGCGUUUCAAGAGACUCAUCAAAGGCUGAGAUAGGCAAGGCGUACCGCGUUCUGGCAAGGAAGUAUCACCCUGACAAGUACAAGGGUGAAGAUGGCACGGAAAAGUUUCAGCAGAUUGCCAACGCCUACGAAAUACUCAAAGAUGACGACGAACGGCGGGACUAUGAUUACAUGCUCGAUAACCCAGAGGAAUACUACGGCCAUUACUACAGAUACUACCGGCGGCGAGUUGCUCCCAAGGUGGACGUCCGUAUCGUCAUUGCUGUCACAAUCUCUGUCAUUUCUGCCAUACAGUACUUCAGUUGGUGGUCACGCUACAAAUCAGCCAUCGAUUACUUGGCCUCCUCUCCGAAAUACAGAAUACGGGCGUUAGACCAAGCCAGGAGGGACGGGCUGUUGGAUACCGGCAAGAGGAAGAGCAAGAAAUCGAAGGAAGAGUUGAAGGAAGAGGAGGACAAAAUAGUGCGGACGAUUAUUGAGGAAAAUGCAGAUAUCAAGGGUGGCUACAGGAAGCCCAGGAUACUGGAUGUGCUGUGGCUGCAGCUGUUGUUGUCACCUUAUUACAUUAUCCAUUACAUCAUCUGGUACGUCGGAUGGAUCUGGAAAUUCAACAUCCUGGGCAAGGAGUAUGGACUGGAAGAAAAAUACCACAUUAUUCGGAAAUUCCUGGGCCUGAGCCAAACACAGUUUGAGGCAUUGGAUGAAUUUGAAAAGAAAGAAAUGCUAGCCAAGGAAUUGUGGAUAUAUGAAAAUUUCAAGGAGUACAAGCAGGAGAAGGAAGAGGAGAUGAAGGCCAAACUGGCAGAAAGCAGCCGGCACAAGAGCUACCGGCGAUACAUGAAGAAGAAUGGUGUUGGCCGCAUGUACUUUGAAGACUAGUGCACCUGGCCGUGCGCAAGACUUGGUGUGGGCGCCACCAAAUUGACAAGCCAGCUGUGCUUUAAAUGCUGCUUCUGGUGCAAGGCUACCUUGAACAUCUGUUUAAUUCUGUAUUCUAAUGCAUCGAGGGACUGUCGCAAGAAAAGUCGGGCACCUGUUUUCUCCAAGUCUGUAGACCUCUGUCAUGGGGCAGCCAUCUUGCUUUUCUACCGUUCAAAGCAAUGUAACCAAACUGAGGCUGGAAAAAAUAGUCUGUUCCCUUUAUCAACAUGCAAAGAUGUAUUACUUUUGUUAAAGGGUGUACAGGGUACAAGACAAACAUGGCAGCAUCAUGAUUAAGGUCUUUGGAUCAGACAGACUGUAUCUGAACCAACCGGCUAUGGCUUGGAGUAAUGCACUUGUCUAUGGGCAUUGGAGUAGCCAUGUCCCAGUAGCAUCCAUAGACACACAUUGUUUCUAGCCACAGCCUUGAUUUUGGACACACGCCUUAAAGACACAUUUCAGCUAUGUCUCAGAUAAGGGAUUCAUCUUGAGCUCUUGCUUUAUCUGCUUCCGAAUUAAUUCGAAGCUUUGACUACUUGAACCAAAUGAGACCUUAAAACUUUUCUCGACCCUUUUGGGGUUGGAUAAAAUGUGCCUCUUGGCAGAAACUGGACCUUGGAUAUCGCAGAAUUAUUGAGGUUUUCCUGGAUGGAGAAGCCAUUUUGAAAUAGUGGGGUUGAAAAAUCAGCAGCCUGAUGCUGGAAGCCCAAGCUUAAGAUGUGGUGCUUGAGUUAGAAAAACAUGAUUAUGUGUACAUCUCAUGAUCUAUUGACAUGUUUUACUGUUUCUAUCUGGAACAUUUCAGAACUACUUGGAAAACCACAAUAAAUAUGGAGCUGUUAUGUCUUAGGCCAAGUAGGAUCCAUGCCCACUCUAAAAAAAACAUUAAAUAUGGAGCUGGUAUGUGAGUAGGACGUUACGUCCACUCUCAAAAAAACCACAAAAAAUAUGGAGCUGGUAUGUCUUAGGCCGAGUAGGACCUUAUGUCCACUCUCAAAAACCACAAUAAAUAUGGAGCUGGUAUGUCUUAGGCCGAGUAGGACCUUAUGUCCACUCUCAAAAACCACAAUAAAUAUGGAGCUGAUAUGUCUUAGGCCGAGUAGGACCUUAUGUCCACUCUCAAAAACCACAAUAAAUAUGGAGCUGGUAUGUGAGUAGGAUGUUAUGUCCACUCUCAAAUAACCACAAUAAAUAUGGAGCUGGAAAGCUUAAUUACUUUUAGUUGAACCCUUGAGAAUUCCAAAGCCACCAUAUUCGAAAACUACAUGGGUUACCUCAGUCUCUUGAUGGUGUGCCUACAUGUACAUGUAGUGAGUUCCGACUUGACGUACAUGUACAUUUAAUGAUUUCAUUUAAUGUGACUUUUUGUACACCUGUCUUUUGGAAGCUGCGAUAACUGUACACAUCGCAGAGGAAUGUCUCUGCCCGGACCUGUAGGGAGCUGGGCCCUUGGAACACCUGUUGAACUCUCAAGAGGCAUCUAGAUCAAAGCAAAUGUUGAUUACGAGCUUGUCUUCCACUUUUUCUAAACCUGACUUUCUCUCUGUGGCCCCAUGGUCGAGUCUGUGUACCAGGUACUGGCUACCAGCCGUGGUACAGCUAGUUUGUAUGGAGCAGUUGUGGGAGCCAAUGAAGUGUGGCAGUAUGUGUGUGCAUGUCACUCACUACUGAGAUCUGAAAUGGCCAGAACUUAACAGGCUUUGUCAAACCAAAUCGUGAGUUUUUAGUGACAGGUUUUGCCAUGCACUGAUGUAUAUAUAUAUAUAACACUGGAUACUCGGUGUUCUUCCAAGAGCUUGCAAGAAAAUUCACAACUUACGAGGGUGGGACUCGAACCCACGACCUCCUGAUUACUAGUGCUUGAGUGAUUCCCAAUUGAGUUUGUGCACACAGGGCUGGUAGAGUGUGAUGCCCUCAAGCAGCUGUGGGCCACAGUUGGGAAUUGUAACAAAUAUUACUUUUCAGCAUUUAUCUGAGAACUUCAAAGAGCAAUGAUCGAUCAACACCAUAAUCAAGGGUCAACAUUUGUGAAGUCCAACUUUGCAGCGGACCAUGGUUGUUAUCUCGUUUGUUUCAAAAGUCAACAUUUAUGGCCGAAAAUAGUACUGUGCGUUGGACAAGUGCAUUGUGGAUUAAAAAACCGAAAAUUGAAGAAAUCCAAGCCACAAAGUGAAGGUUUGGAAAACCUCUUGUCAAUCUCGCCCAGUGUUCGAAGUGUGUGCAUGCAUUGUUUGGGCGUAUGUCUGAUAUGUGCAGGUACACAUUGACCAAGUGCAAUGAAUUUUUAUACAUGUGAGGCCAAAUGUUACUAUAGUAGUGUAUCUCUAGUGAGCUCAUUUUUAAAAAAAUAAUCCUUUGGCAAAUACACCCGGGGAUAGGGUUGAUUUGUUAGGUGGCGAACAUUACUUCAAUCAAAUUAUUUUGACAUUGUUUUGUUUUUUCGUUUUUUGAGGAUAAUUUUGCUUUUAAAUUCUAAACUUUGAUCAAGGCAGCACAAGACAUCAGAAA